UGCGAUGACAGCGGCAUGUUGCAGCAUCUGGACGAUACUGAGGAACCGGAAGAUGAAACCAGGCCCGGAGUAAAAGUGGAUGCUUCGCUCACGGAAGAAACUGAUUCGAACGAAGACGAUUCGCAGCAUUCGGACGAAGCGGAAGAUGAAGGCAGGCCCGGAGCAGAAGAUGCAGAUCCAGAUGACGACGAUUCGCCCGAUUGUAGAACAUUCAAGACUUCUCGCGGCAAGCUUAUGCUGUAUCUGGACGGAUACUUUUACGUACUGGACAAGGAGAGAAAACUCAGAUACUAUUGGGAGUGUAAGCGACGCCGUCAUGACCGGGUUGGCAGCGCACAAUGCCCAGCACGAUUGAUCACGGAGAUUGCCGCCAACGGUGUGCAUAGGCCUAUUAAAACGGGCACUCACAGCCACGAGGCCGACCCUUCCAAGGUUCAGGUGGAAAAUUUAAUAGGUUUUCUGAAGGAAGGUGGCAGAAAGAACAAGGGUGCGAAGCCAUCCAAGGUUAUUUCCGAUGCAGGAGCACUAGUUUCGUCGGCUACACAGGCGCGCCUCAGCAAAAAUGCCCAGAGGCAGAUCAUCAAGCGGGUUCGUACAACAUUUGCACCUGAGCCCAAGAAGCUUGAAGACAUCAACAUCCCAGAGGAGUUGCGGACUACAAUCGGUGGCGAUAAGUUUUAUCAUGGUUAUGUGGAAACCGAACGUGGCGACCGUGCAUAUCUGUUCACAUCUGUGAAGGAGCUACGAAGAAUGAAAUCGGCGCGGUACUGGACGGCUGAUGCCACGUUUGACGUGCCCGCAACGUUUCGUCAGCUGUUUAGCGUACAUUGCUCGGUAGCACCGUGUCACAACUCAACGAUACCAGCCUUCUUUGCGCUGAUGACCGCUAAGUCGGAAAAGUGCUAUCGUAGAGUACUCGAGGAGCUUGUGACCAUCGCCGCUGAGCACAGUAUCCAGCUGCAACCGAAGCGGAUCUUUACCGAUUUCGAAAAGUCAAUGCAAAACGCGUUCGAUUCGGUAUUCCCGAAAGCUCAACGAACUGGUUGCUUCUUUCACUGGACACAAGCGCUGCGCCGAAAAAUGGAGACCCUCAAGAUUGCUGCAAAAGUUUCGAAGAGUCCAAGGCUGAACGACUUCUUCUGCAUGGUCAAAGCAUUAGCUUUCGUUCCUCAUAAGGACAUACCGACAGUUUUCGAUAAACUUGAAGAAUCGCUACCGAAGAUCAUGAUACCUUGGUGGGAGUACGUAGCGGAUACUUACGUGCAUGGCAGGGUUAUCGGAAACCACCGCAGCCAGCCGUUGUUUGAUCCAUCUGUAUGGAGCAUCUACCAGAACGUCCUUGACUCUGUGCCAAGAAACACGAAUAGUCACGAAUCCUGGCAUGCGCGGUUGAUUAGACUCGAUGCGAAGAAGUUGAAAUUUUACGAACUUAUCAGAGAACUACGCCAGGAACAGAAGUCGUCAGAAGGCAAGGUUCACGAGAUAUUGUCGGCAAGAAAAGGAGACCGGAGCACCUCCAGCGUUAUACACGACGGGCAACUGCUGAAAGUCGUUGUCAAGUAUCGAGGUUAUGACGAUAAGCUCGACUAUUUGGAGGCUAUUGCAGCAUACCUUCAUUGAUCAUUUUUGCUUACACUGAUUUAUGUGCCAUGGUUUGGCUUAACUUUUAUUUGCUUUUAGUCGGAGGAGGAUUUCUCUCACAUUGUUUCAGUUUUUUAACGUCUUUUUUCAUUUAUUUUGUUAUUUCUUUAUGUGUAAACAUUUUGAACUGUUGAACUGUAUUUAAAUAAAAAAAUGAACACUGAAACUAAUAUUUGUGUACUAGAAAGACUUUACGAGAUUCAGUGACUACGACUCCAGCUCGACAGCCUUCUCCUGGUCGACGGGCUUCUUGCCCGGCUUGGUGUCAUCUAACUCGGCGCCUUCAUUUUCCGCGU